AUGAGGUGUAGUGUCAGGAGAGGUGCAGCGUUUUUCCGGCCGCACCCCGACCCCGUCACCAACGCCUCUGCUCACCCCGACCCCGUCACCAACGCCCCUGCUCACCCCGACCCCGUCACCAACGCCCCUGCUCACCCCGACCCCGUCACCAACGCCCCUGCUCACCCCGACCCCGUCACCAACGCCCCUGCUCACCGGGACCCCGUCACCAACGCCCCUGCUCACCCCGACCCCGUCACCAACGCCCCUGCUCACCGGGACCAACCAAAGCACCCCGACCCCGUCACCAACGCCCCUGCUCACCCCGACCCCGUCACCAACGCCCCUGCUCACCCCGACCCCGUCACCAACGCCCCUGCUCACCCCGACCCCGUCACCAACGCCCCUGCUCACCGGGACCCCGUCACCAACGCCCCUGCUCACCCCGACCCCGUCACCAACGGCUCUGCUCACCGGGACCAACCAAAGCACCCCGACCCCGUCACCAACGCCCCUGCUCACCGGGACCAACCAAAGCACCCCGACCCCGUCACCAACGCCCCUGCUCACCGGGACCAACCAAAGCACCCCGACCCCGUCACCAACGCCCCUGCUCACCGGGACCCAGGGGGCCCCCGGCUAAUCCAGACCAACCGAAGCACUUAG